AUGUCUCUGCAAGCCUCUCUCCUCGGACUCACCGCACUUCUGUCGGUCGUGUCAUCCGCUGCCGUCGAUGCCGGUUGCAGUGCCCUGUCAUCCAAGUAUCCCGACAAGACCUUUUUCCCUGGAUCGGAACGAUACAAGUAUGAGAAUGAAUGGCCAUCCUGCAUCUUCGCUCCGCAGUCUGCGAAAGAUGUGCAGUUUGCGAUUCGCACCUUUCAGAAGCACCAAGUCCAAUUUGCCAUUCGUGGUGGAGGUGCCAUGCCCAUCGACAAUGCUGGCAACAUCGGUCCAGAGGGUAUCAUGGUGGCCACGACGAACCUAAGCUCUAUGGCUAUCUCAGAUGACCGCAAGACCGUUAAAAUCGGGGCCGGUGUGACCUGGCCUCCGCUGUAUGCUUACCUUGAUCAAUUCGGCGUCACGGCUAACGGCAUUCGUUCUGGUAAUGGUGGAGUCGUUGGUGCCAUUCUGGGAGGCGGACCUUUUGGCUUCAUGGCUUAUGAAUACGGAAUGUCUAAUAUUGCUGCCUCUUUGGAUUGCGUACUCGGUGAUGGAAGAUUGGUGACUGCCAGCGCUGAUGAGCAUCCAGACCUAUUCUGGGCGCUUGUUGGAGGUGGUAACAACUACUGUCUUGUCACGGAGGCCACUCUGCAUACCAUUCCUAUUUCUUCGGCCCUUAUUGGAACAGUCUCUUGGGGUCCAGGCGUGUCAGAGAAGUAUAUCAAGGGUGUCGAGCAGUUUGCACUUCAUGGCGCAGAACACCCCAAGGCUUCUUUCGAGGGGCAAACCCGCUGGGUUCCGUCCCGCAGCCCUGAUAUUUCAUUUGAUGGAUAUCUUUGGUACAGCGGCGAGGGUGACGUGCCUAUUGGUCUGGAGAACUUUACCGCACCCAUCCUACCCAUCACCAGAGGAAACAUCACACGCACGAGUAUGGGCCAAUGGUCAAACGAGUUCAACUAUGCCCCUCCUCUUGGCACGCGAGCUACCUUCCACUGGUUGACCAGUGCCGCCAACGCUACAGCCGCAAGAGUCGCUUUCGACACAUACUACGAGACCGUCGCAUCUUUGGCCGACGUCGAAGGUUUCUCAACCGCUUUCAACAUGCUCCCAAUCACGCCCAUCGUGACCUCGGCACCAGCCAAAAACGCAAUGGGUCUAGGAAGCGACGACAGCCCGUCAAUCUGGUACGUUGAGGCUCCUCUCUGGUCGAAUCCCGAAGACGACGAGCGCGUGCUUGGCGUGCACGCCGAAGCGAACGCCAAGAUCAGAGAGAAGCUUUCCGAGUUGGGACUUGGACCUCUCCCGUUUAUGUACCUUAGUGAUAUCCAGAAGACUCAGAUUCCUGAGACCUUCCCAGCUUAUGGAGCAAGCAACUUGCGAAAGCUCAAGGCUGUCAGGGACAAGUACGACCCUAAGCGAGUCUUCACUGACUUGGUGUCUGGAGGUGCCAAGGUUGCUUUGGCUUAG